AUGGAACAGAAGGAGAAGGAUAAGGAUGCGGAAUGGAAGAGGCUUAAACUAAUAUCAGUUGCUUUCAAGGAAGCGUCGCUAGAUACACCAUCUUUUAGAGCAUCGGUUAAUACCUUUCAAUUCAAGCUGGAAGCGUUUGAAGAUUGGAUAGACAAGAGUGUUGCGUUUUUCCAAAACCGAUAUACACCCAGCUUUGAGAAUUUCCAAAGGGCUCAGCAGACGUUUCUAUCUCAGUUACUUCCUUCUCCACUGAUACUCUUCAAUGGGUUUGUGGCGAAUCAAACCACUACUCCGAUGAUGGUGGAAGCUUUCAAUAACGAAUAUUUUGAGUUUGCCAGCAGGAUUUUGAAAAUUAUAGCAUACCAUGACACUUCAUAUCCCGAUGCAGUGCUCGAGCUGAUGAAUAACGACUUGGAGCCGUAUAAGGCCAAGAGAGCGGAAUUUGAGUACUGUCAAGGUAAAUUUGAUGCUGCACUGGCCAAAUACUGCGCAAUAAAAGUUUCGAACACAAAUAUCGAGCCUGUGAACAUAAAAGACGAAGCGCUAGAUCUUUUUGAGAUACGAAAGUCGUAUCUAAAAGCUUCCCUGGAACUCAUGGCAGCGAUUUCCACCCUGCAGGUGGGCUUGGAUAAGUUCCUGAUGCGGGCAGUGUCGCUUAUUAGCGAGAAGAACAGUUUCCUGCUCAAAGAGGCGGGGAAGAGAAUCGACCUUGCAAUGUCCUUAACCGAGAGUGUCGCUGCAUAUUCCGAGUGGGUAACCAAUGCUGUUGAAGCUUCGGAGCUAUUGCAAGAAGAUAUGGAACGCGCAAAGCAGCAGGUAAUAGAAUAUACCUUAGGUCAAGUGACUCCGUCGCGUGAAUUAUCUGACUAUAACGUCAAGGCUAUUAAUUCAUCAAAGCUAUUAGCUAAUAAAAGUUCGCCGGUCCUUGAGGCACCUGAGAUAUCUGGUUGGCUGUAUAUGAAAACCACCGUCGGUACUCCCAGCAGGCAAAUCUGGGUACGCCGAUGGUGUUUUUUGAGCAGUUCUGUCUUUGGAUUACUUCUACUCUCACCUUCAAAGACGUACGUGGAAGAGACAGAUAAAUUUGGUGUUCUUUUAAUUGAUGUUAGAUACGAUCCUGAUGAGGACCGCAAAUUCUGUUUCGAGGUUAAAAUCCGUGGCAGAACGCCAGAGAUGAGUGGCGACAAACAGACGAGAAUCGUGUUUCAAGCAGAAAGUUUGAAGGAGUUGAAGCAAUGGUUACUUGCAUUUGAAACGGCAAAGCGUUAUGCCGCUAAGUUAGACAGUAAUGACCCUCAGUAUAAACAUGCAUGCAGGCGGAUCUCACCAGCAUAUUUUGAGUUUGCAUCAAGCACUACAACUACUACAGAUCAGCUUAUUACAACCUAUGACGAAAAUAGCCUGAAUCUUAUAGAGACUCUCAAUAAGAAACUGCCCAAUCUUGACCUAGCAUCGAUCCCUGGGCGAAACGGCUUUCAGUACGAAUUGGCUCUUACUCCAAUGUCAACGAAGUUGACACAAUUGGCGAUAUUUGGUAGCUCAAUUAAACAGAAUACUUAUUUGCCUAGUGCCUUAUUGGCAAAUAUAUGGGGUUCAACGAACUGGAGUGAUUAUGCGACUUUUAAGAAAGCACAGAAACGGUGCCGGGAUAAUGAGAUCAAAGAUAAGCCGCACAGCGAUCUGGAUUUACUGAGUAACUAUCCUAGUUUCUAUUCCGAAAAGAUGAUAAUAAACGAUCUUCAGUUUAAAAGCCUUUUCUUUUCCAUCGAUCAGAAUCUGGCUAAGUUUCCGCAGGAUCUACUGCUUUUUAGCUUCAGCUCAUUCUGGUGUCCGAAUAAAAGACAAAAGUUUUGCGCUACAAUUUACGUUACCUUGGAUCAUAUUUUCUGUUAUAUGAAUUCAAUGGGAUUCAUUUGUCUCACUUGCAGGAAUUUAAGUGACAUUGCGUCUGUAGAGUUGGACCCUGGUUCAGAUCACUCUUUAAAGCUGUACGGGGUGGACGGGAAUCAAUUAAGGUUGGCCGUUUUCUUUACAGACCGCAGGCUUAUCGCUAACAAGCUUCAAUGUUUGUUAGAAAACAUAGCUCUCGCUAAUCCCAAGAAUGAAGAACAAAUUCUGAAGCAACUAGAUGGAAUUGAAUCUGACUUUCAGUCAACACUUAAGGAUGAAAAGCUCAGAAAGAUCCGGUCAGCGCUAGGCCAGGACAUUGCUCAUAGCCCUCGGGAAGCAGCGUCUGGUUUGUAUCCCACUAAUACCUUUUGGUCCAUGAGUGCAACGGCUGCAGAGCUUUUACAUAGGCGGAGGGGAUUUCAAUCUCAAUCCACCGCGAUGUAUCAUCACGUUUAUGAAAUACCUUGUAAAGGCUUAAUGCAUAUACUAUUCGGAGAUCAGUCCAGUGCAUUUCCCAGGUGCUUAUUUCUAUCCAGUAACGAUGGCAGCUCAAACAUUAGUCGACCUUGGAUCAAGCACGAUGAAACUGAUGGCGAAAGGAUGCAGUUACAGCGUAUCCUUCAAUUUCGCUUGAAUUUGACGAAUAACUUUUUGAAUGGCUUGCACACAGGCGGACCGCCAACGAUUCUGAUGAAGCAAUCGAUCGUUGAACUUAUCGAAAACAAGUACUGUGAGGUAGAUCAGGAACCUAUAAUCAUCAAAGUACCUUUUUGUCAUCCCCUGCGCAUGAAAGUCAAAUAUGUCGUGACGGAACCAUAUGAAUCAUCUACGCAGAAUACCUUGCAUUCGACAAGUGGGUCUCUGUUAUUGGCAUACUAUAAGCUCGAGUUUUUCGAGUCUACUACCGAGAAAGUCGUAGAACACCUCUCUUUUAUAGAGAAGGCUGUUUUCAGGAUAGCCUUGCAGGCAACCAACAAGGAAUUUCUGCUGAUAAGAAAGGUCAUUAGGUAUUAUCUCGAGAGGAUCGGGAAACAUGGCAAAGUCAUCAGAGCAAUCAAACUCUGUGGCAUGUUGGGUGUGUCUCAAGAAAAGGUAGAAGCAGAAGCUGUCGGCGGCACUGAUGUGCACAAACCGCCUGUUGUUAACUACAGCAUCUCGAUCAUUUUCAAACUGCUAAUGAAGCUGCUUGUCUACAAGAUAACGAGCCUCGCACUUCUUCUUAUCCGACUGAUUUUUGGGUCAAUUCUAGUUGCUGUUACGAAUCUCACUCAUAUCAACAAGAAUCUACUCUUUGGGUUGAUCGCAUCCAUCUUAAUCAAUGUCCUAUUAUCCGGCAAAUCCAGUUUCGCAUACUGGUCUGCGAGGCGAUCUGACAACCUAUUCCAGGACUACAUGCAAGGUAAGAGAGAAAUAUUGGUACGACGGGCAGUCAGCAUCAAAGAUCUUGAGCUGCUGUCGCAAAAUUUGGCUUUUGAGCGAAACAAUUUACCAUUCCAGAAGUUUAACGAGACUUACUCAGCAGAAAACCACAAAUUCACUCAAACAAGACUGGAAGUCGCUCAACGAAGAAACGAACUGCUAGUUGAGCUCAAGAUUUUGCAAAACAUGGAGAAAGAGUUACUUCAAACAAAUUAUAGAAGUUUUCUACUCAGCGAAAUAGACAAGUGUCAUGCGAUCGAGAAGGAAAUCUGCGUUGUUUGGGAACAAGAUGCCAAACUACGAGAUUACUGUUCCAGUUGCCGGGAAGAGCUGUACAAGCUCACCGAUCCCCUAUUGUAA